AAGUGGGGGACCCGAGAAGGGGCAGUAUUAACUAUUUCUUGGAUAUAAGUUGAUCGUGUACCGAAUAAUUUACAUUUCGCUAUAUCACGCGAGGACUGACUAGACAUUCGAAUAUGGAAAUUUCAAUUCGCACGUUAACCCUGCUGCUGCUCGUGGCAUCCACGCUGGCCCAAUUCGAGGGUUACCAUGGCUACGAACACGACAUAGACGCCUACAGCUUCAAGCCAGCCUUGCCGCCCCAGAGCCUAGACGACCACUACCAUCAUGAAGAGGACGAACUCGACUAUCACGCGCAUCCGAAGUACGCGUUCGAUUACUCCGUGAAGGACCCUCACACCGGCGACGAUAAGGAGCACUGGGAAACACGGGACGGCGACAAGGUUAAAGGCAGUUACACGCUGACCGAAACCGACGGCACCAAGCGAGUGGUAGAAUACGAGGCGGACGACAAGAACGGGUUCAACGCCGUGGUGCACAAGAUCGGCAAGCCCGUCGAGCACGUGGAGCACAUCAAGGCGGUCAAGUACGAGCCCAUUCAGUACCAUCACGAGUUCAGUCCGCAGCAGUUCGAUGAGGGCUUCGUGCCUAUUGCCGGGUACGCGCAUCAUUAGGCUAGAGAUAGGGAUGGUAUUAUGUGCUAAAUUAUUUCGUUUUUCAAGUGCUUGUGACAACUCAUUGAUAUUGUUGCUUUUGUUAUUCACCCUUUUCUCUUUUCUGAACGACUAAAGUUUAGUCCGCAGCAGUUUGUUGAUGGCUUUUUGCCUAUGGUAUUAUGUACUAAAUUAUUUCGUCAUUUUCAAAUGUCUGUGACUAAACACAUCGUUGCUACUGUUAUUGAGCGUUGUACCAUUUUUUAGAUGGCGACAAAAUGCUUUAAAUAAGUACUAAAUUUAAUACUGUCAAAAGAAAUGCUACUACAUGUUAGAUUUUUAUGUUAGAUUGUCAACGUUACUUCGUCAUUUUCAAGGAUGCUUGAUAACAGCAACUGUUUGGCCAUUGUUAAUUAGCUAAAUAAAAAAAUCCUAUAUAAUGAAGACAUAGCAAGUAAAGACGAAACCGUAAUUUUAAAGAUUUUGGCCUGUGGCUUGUCUGUGCCUAAUAAUAUUAUUAUACCUGAAGACUGUACCUGUUUUACUUGUUAACUUUUUAGUUUUAGUUUUUAAGUAGUGUACAAAAUACUUGCAAUAUAAUAAAUUGUUAAAAAAUAAGUAUUUUUACUUUGCAUGCGGCUAUGUUAG